GGUGUUUUGCAGUGCUAGUGGCUGUCAUGUCUGGUCGUGGCAAACAAGGAGGCAAGACUCGCGCUAAGGCCAAGUCGCGGUCGUCCCGCGCAGGUCUGCAGUUCCCGGUGGGGCGAGUGCACCGCCUGCUGCGCAAAGGCAACUACGCCGAGCGGGUGGGAGCCGGCGCGCCGGUGUACAUGGCGGCAGUCCUCGAGUACCUGACCGCCGAAAUCCUGGAGCUGGCGGGCAACGCGGCCCGAGACAACAAGAAGACGCGCAUCAUUCCUCGUCACCUGCAGUUGGCCAUUCGUAAUGACGAGGAGCUGAACAAGCUGUUGGGCAAAGUCACCAUCGCCCAGGGCGGCGUUUUGCCGAACAUUCAGGCCGUGUUGCUCCCCAAGAAGACGGAGAGCCACCACAAGGCGAAGGGCAAGUGAGGCCGGUCUCCGGAAGCCCUCCCAAGCCCCUUACCUGAAGGGGCACCUGUGAAAUCAAAGGCUCUUUUCAGAGCCACCCACGUUUUCAAAUAAGAGUUGUUCCAACACCUA